AUGACAACAUCAUACUUCUAUGACUAUGUGCUCAGCCCAUUCUAUGACUGGCUGUCUCCAUUGAUCUGGCCUGAUUGGGUCCAUCCCAACGCCAUAACCCUGAUCGGUGGAUACUAUGCCAUUCUCUCUUCAUACUGUGUCCUCCACAGCCAAUUGGGCUGGGCUUGCCUGUUUUUUACAAUGUACCAUAUGUGUGAUAACAUGGAUGGCAAACAUGCCCGUCGCACUGGGAAAACAAGCAAAUUUGGAGGAAUUCUGGAUCAUUGGGUCGAUGGAGCCAUGGGCAAUAUUGCAGCGUACAUCAGCGUGGUUCGCUUUGCUUUUGGCAAAACGCCUGCUGAUGAUGUCUAUUGGCAGGGAUUACACGGUUACUAUUGUCUUUGGCUGGCACCUCAUGUGGUAGCCCAUUUCAGUGGAACCUUGGCUCUCGGCACUAAGUUUUUCUCCAUUGAUGAAGCAGCAAUCUUGGCAACAAUGAUCUUAUUCUAUGCUUGGGUCAGUGAAGGGGACAUUGUGUUGCUAAAGGAUGAUUGGUAUUCCUAUGGAGCUGCAUGGGCUUUUCAGGUGUUGUCCCUUCUUUACGGAACUUUACUUUCAGCCUACCACUGGUUUCAGGCAACAAAAGAAACAACGGAACAGAAACAAUCAGCAAAGUCUACUGUCUGGAAUCACAUUUCUUUUAUGUUAUUCAUUCAAUUCUGGUUGCAUGGGGUGUGUUUUGGAUACUCUGACUUUUUCCAUUUCUAUCUGAGAUGGAUACCAGUGAUGAGCGUCAUUAUCUUCACUCAAGAGGACUAA